CCGGAGGCGGCGGUGGUAGCUCGGCGGCGACACCAUGUGACCUUGGGCAAGUGACUCAGCCUUUCCAAGCCUUGGACCACUCCUCUGUGAAGUCGAUUGUAGAGUAACUACCUAGCACGUGGCUGUGGGCUCCGAGGACACCAUGUAUCAUACUUCCAACUCCACAUACAGACUAGCAAGCGGCUCCAUCCAAGCCAGCCAGGACACUCUGCCAGAGAAGCUGCUGGACCACCAUACCCCUGGCCUGCCCAGGCCUGAGGACCACUUCAAUGGUACCUACUUGAUCUUCUUCAGCCUGGGCAUUGGAAGCCUUCUGCCAUGGAACUUCUUUAUCACUGCCAAGGAGUACUGGGCAUUCAAGUUCCGCAACUCUUCCAGCCUCACCUCAGGGAAGGACCUUGAGGAUUCAGACAUCCUGAACUAUUUUGAGAGCUACCUGGCCAUCGCCUCCACCGUGCCCUCCCUGCUGUGCCUCAUGGCCAACUUCCUGCUUGUUAACAGGGCUCCAGUCCAUGUCCGUGUCCUGACCUCGCUGACCAUCAUGCUGGCUGUUUUCAUGGUGAUGAUUGCAUUAGUAAAGGUAGAUACUUCCUCCUGGACCCGAGGCUUCUUCACUGUCACCAUUGUCAGCGUGGUCAUCGUCAGCAGCUCUUCCACCAUCUUCAGCAGCAGCAUCUUUGGUCUGACAGGCUUUUUCCCCAUGAGGAAUUCCCAGGCAAUGAUAUCAGGAGGAGCCAUGGGAGGGGCCCUUAGCGCCGUGGCCUUGAUGGUGGACCUGGCAGUGUCCAGAGAUGUGCAGGAGAGUGCCGUGGCCUUCUUCCUCAUUGCAGCCAUCUUCCUCGGGCUCUGCAUGGGGCUCUACCUGCUGUUACCCCGGCUGGAGUAUGCCAGGUACUACAUGAGGCCAGCGCAUCCAGUCCACAUUUUUUCUGGUGAGGAGGAGCUACCACAGGAUUCCCCCAGUUCCCCCUUGCUUCUCCCCAGAUCCCAAGAGUCCCACACACCGCCCCUGCGGCCCAUCCUGAAGAAGACUGCUGGCCUGGGCUUCUGCAUCAUCUAUAUCUUCUUCAUCAGCAGUCUCAUCUUCCCUGCCAUCUCCACCAAUAUUGAGUCCCUGCACAAGGCUUCCGGCUCACCAUGGACCACCAAGUUCUUCGUGCCCCUCACCGUCUUCCUCCUGUACAACUUUGCUGACCUUUGUGGCCGGCAGAUCACUGCCUGGAUCCAGGUGCCAGGCCCCAAGAGCAAAGUGCUCCCGGGGCUGGUUUUCCUGCGCACCUGCCUCGUCCCCCUCUUUAUGCUAUGCAACUAUCAGCCCCGCACCCACCUGACCACCAUGCUCUUCCAGUCUGAUGUCUACCCCAUGCUCUUCACCUGCCUCCUGGGGCUCAGCCACGGCUACCUCAGCACUCUUGCUCUCAUCUAUGGGCCCAAGAUUGUGCCCCGGGAGCUAGCUGAAGCCACUGGGGUGGUGAUGUCCUUCUAUCCGAUAGCAGGCCUGGCUCUAGGCACCUCCUGCUCAGCUGUGCUGGAGCACCUCAUCUAGGAGGAGCAGCCAGAGCAUCGGUGCUGCACAUAGCUUUGGGCUGCUGGUUGCCCAAAGCUGGUGGCCAGGGUCUUGAAUGUCAGGGAAAAAGGGGCUCAUGUUUCUCUUGAUGUAGAGAACAGAGCCCAUCGGGGUUUCCUUGGUUCUAGGGCCCUGGGG